CCCUUCAGCUGUCAAAAACAGCUGACUUUUGUUUUUACUUUACAUCGCGUACAAAAUGUUGAUUUUAGGAAAUCUGCGGUUAAUAACAAAAUUACGUCAAAAUAAUGCAAAAAAGUUUAUUUUCGUGCCGCAGAUUCUGCGUGAACUACGUAAUCAGCCAUGGCAGCGACCAGCAGUUAGCGCAUCAAACGAUAUAGAUGAGCAAGUCAAUCCCCCUAUACGACCCGCGCAGAUUGAACCGCGUGAUACAACAGGCAUUACGGAAGUAGUAAAUAAAUAUUUAAAAAAAGAAUUGCAACAAAUCGAAAAUUACCAAGCCACAAAUGAAACAUCAUCGAGUAAAAGCGCUGCACCAAGCCAACAUUUGCCCGCCAGCGAUGAUGAUUUUGUUGAUGAAGCCGAUUCGGUAGCCGUUGGUCAAGCUAAAAAGGAUUAUGUGCCCACAUUCAAUUUGGCUGCAUACGUCAACAAAUCUCCUACGCUACAGCAGUUUAUCCAACUGGGCGUAGACUUGAGUAGUAUUGAGAGACGUAAAGGCUUGGCUAAAUUUGUACUGGGCCUGGAUUUCGAAAAAAAUGUGAAACCGUAUCUCUACUUUCUACAGGAUCAAGGGGUACCAGCAGCGGCCUUUGGUGAAUUUCUCACGAAAAAUCCGUUAAUUUUUAAAGUGGAUAUAGAUGAUUUGCAAACGCGUGUUAACUACUUAGAAUCCAAAAAUUUCACAGCUGAACAACGCCAACGCAUAUUCACCCGAAAUCCUUAUUGGCUGAUGUUUUCAACGCAACGCAUUGACAGACGGCUUGGACACUUCCAGAAAGAAUUUCGACUGAGCGGUGAUGAUGUGCGAUUUUUAACAUCGAAACAACCGCGGCUGAUAACUUACAGCAUGGAGCAUAUACGCAAAUCAUCGUUUUGUAUACGCGAGGAAAUGGGCUUCGAUAAGGAUGAAAUUAAGUGCUUGCUCUUGAACAAGCCACGAUUGUGGAUGAUGAAAUCUGACGAUCUAAUUGAACGUUUUGCUUAUGCACACCAAACAAUGCAGCUAUCGCAUGACAUGCUAAUACAGUUUCCUGAAGUGCUGACAUCGCGCGAGUUCCGCUUACGACAGCGUCAUGAGUUCCUUGUUACACUAGGUCGUGCGCAAUACGAUCCCGAGAAGGAUUUGUAUGUCUCACCAAAAGAUUUAGUCAGUGGUAAUGAUUUUCAAUUUGUACGUCAAGUGGCAAAGAGCGAUCUGGAAACAUAUGAGCUAUUUUUAAAGACGCGAUAGUGCAUAUACGGAUUGAAAUAAUUUCUAAAAUAAAAAUAUACCUUUAGUUUUAUCAUAACGCUCUAUGCUCUUCACAAAAUGUCAUUAGGUGUUUAAUAGUAGCAUUUAUUGUGAACUAGUUUUAACACAAAGAACAAAAAAUAAAAUCAGUUGAGUUUAAAUUAAAAAUAAGUAUUUGGCGGUUACACAUGUGCUGAAUGUUAAGCCUACUCCACCAACUUGCGAUUUACGUCUGUGCUUUCACAAAUGCUGUUCCGAUUUCUCGUUCAAUAAGCGACUGUGAAUAGUUUUUAGUCUUCAUCUUUCGUCAACUAUUUAUUUGUAGAAGGAUGAGCGCCUAUAAUUUGUUCCCACUGACUUAUUGAACAAGACAACGACGUUGACAAUAUCAUGGAAAAGCGAUAAUCGAAUAAUAGUGGUUUAUUUACUACCAGUCGACACUCGAAAUAGGGAUGAUAAUUUAAAUGAAAAUUAUUAAAAAUAAAAAAAU